AUGCGGGAUGUGCAUGUGUCGGUGGCGCUGAUGGAUGAGUUCAUGCGGUAUGCGGUGAGCAACACGCGGCGGGGCAUUGAGAGCUGCGGCAUCCUGGCGGGCACGCUGUCCGCCGAUGAUGCCGUGUUCAACAUUACCACACUCAUCGUCCCCAAGCAGACCGGCACCACGGACACGGUGGAGAUGCUGAACGAGGAGGAAAUUUUCGAGGUGCAGGACAGCCGCGCGCUGUACCCGUUGGGCUGGAUCCACACCCACCCCACCCAGACCUGCUUCCUCUCCUCUGUGGACGUCCACACGCAUUGCGGCUUCCAGACCAUGCUGGAUGAGGCAGUGGCGAUUGUGAUGGCGCCCAAGGACCCCAGCAAGCGGGUGGGCAUCUUCCGGCUCUCCACCCCCGGCGGCCUCAAGCUGGUGCAGCGCUGCCCGCAGCGUGGCUUCCACGCCCACCCGCCCACCGAGACGGGGCAGCCCAUCUACGAGCUGUGCGGCCACGUGUACCUCAACCCACGGGCCAAGUAUGAAGUGGUCGACCUGCGGUGAGGCAAGCCUGGACCCUUGCUGCCAGAACAGAUUUAGGAGCACGCUUCUCCCUGUAUCUUCUUGUAUCAUUACGUCACGAUCGGUCAUUCAAGUCGUUGCACACAGUGUAAUCAGACAGAAUGGAAGAACAGUGGAUGUAUUCAGCUGUCUGCGCGGUCGGCUGCCGCGGUCUCACUGCUGCUGCUGGCGGGCCGCGAUGAUGCUGUCCACCACUCCCUUGCUCUCUUUGGCAAAGUACCGGGCCUGUAUGAAGUAGCGCUGCGCAUCGCCCGCGCGGCCCUGGUCCUGCAGCAGGAGCCCCUUUGCUAAGUAAGCCCGGAAGUCCUCGGGGCGCGACUCGAUCAGCCCGUCGUAGAUGGCCACCGCAUCCGGCACGUGCCCCCGCCACUGCGCAUACGUCCGAGCCGCCAGCAGCUGCAGCUCGGCGUCGCCGACGCCGCUGCCGCCCUGCGCCGCCUUGAUGGCGUUAAUGGCGCUGGCCUCCUUGCCGUCCGCAACCAGCACGGCUGCCAGCCCUUGCAGCACCUCCAGGCUGCUGUGGCCGCCUGCCUCCAAGGCUUUGCGGUAGCUGCCGGCCGCAGAUCCCCACUUCUCCUGCGCCGCCUGCGCCUCUGCCAGCACCCGCAGCACCUCGGCAUCGCCCGGCUUGGCCUCUGCCAGCCGCACCAGCUGUGCCUCGGCCUCGCCAAACUUGCCCAGGCGGGCGCUCAGCACCGCCGCCGACUCCAGGGCCUCCAGGUCGCUGCCAUCCUUGCCCGCCUGCUCCUGGAACUUGGCCAGCUCCUGCUCCAGCUCCUGGCGCGUCUCCUCGCUCAGCUGCUGCUGCGCCGCGGCCUGCU